UGAAGGAGCAGCGUGACGGUGUUAGUUUGGCGCCGGGGCUCCCAGAGGGUGGAUGUGCCGCGCCUCUCGCUUCUUAUUUCGCCUCUUUCUCCGGCCAUUUUCGGGAAUUUCCUCGUCAGAUAUGAGCAAGAAGACAGCUGUGGUGCUGCUGGCGGAGGGCGCCGAGGAGAUGGAGGCUGUCAUUACCAUAGACACCCUCAGGAGGGCCGGGAUAACUGUAACUGUAGCAGGGUUGGCUGGUGCUACUGCUGUACAUUGCAGCAGAGAUGUGGUAAUUGUUCCUGAUGUUGCCCUUGAUGAUGCUGUAUCUAAAGGUCCUUAUGAUGCCAUUGUGUUGCCUGGAGGACUAAAAGGAGCUGAAAGUCUUGGAAAG